GCGCAAGACGAAGCGCAAGGCUCAUAUGGACACGAAUGCAACGGCAAAGCCGAAGAAUCUCCCUUGGAAAGAUAUUCUAGCUUCCGUCGAGUUUAAGAGAAAGACGCCAGGGAGGACGAAAGGGAUUAGCCCACCACCCCCUUCGUAUACAGUGGCAGACCAUAUCCCUACCAAGCCGGACUAUCUGCCGGUUGAUCAUCUUAAGGCUGAAGACCCAGCGCCAGGCCUUUCACAGAUCCCAGCAACACAACCUGCGCCCGAUACUGCGUUCCUAUCUUCCAACCUUACUGCUGCCCAGCCCUCCCAGGGCGGGUCCAGUUCCAAGCGCAAGGCCACGGACGCUUUGGAAUCUGCCGCGAAAAAAUCCAAGAUGGACCCCGAUGACACAGAGGACGACAAGGACGACGAUCUAGAUGUGACCGUCCAGACGGGUCUGUACGCCGCCGAAAUGUUUGCAUCCAAUCUUGGAGUCAAUUAUCUGCUAAAUCUUAUCAUCAUCGACGAUGUAAUGUGGAUCUGGUAUUACGAUCGGCAAGGGAUCAUUCAAUGCUCAGGCAUCAACUUCAUUCAAGAUCUCCCGCGAUUCAUGGUGCUGUUGUAUGCUCUACAACGGUUCAAUCUUCAUGAUUGGGGCCGAAACAAGGACUUCCUCCCAGUGCAGGUUGACGGCAAACAAUGCCACAAAUUCAAAAUCAAGGAUAAAGAGCUUGGAGAGGUGGAUCUGCUGCUUCACACCAGCCACGACGAAAGAGUGACGCACUACGGACUACAAGGACGGGCCACCAAUGUGGUCCCUGUCACUAGCGAAGCGCUCGCGAAGAAAUACGGCAACUUCCAGGAUGGGAUGGUGGCCAAGAUCUUUUGGGGAGAGGCGAGUCGCACUAGCGAGCCGGAAAUCUUGGACAAGGUUGAGGAGAUCGCUAAGGUGCACCCAACCGUCCAAGGGCAUAUUCCUAAGCUGCUUUGGCACCACACGUUCACGAAUCCCACGUCCGCCAUCCGAGAAGCGCUUGGGGUUCCAGAACCCACCAAGGGCAGUCGCGUACUCUACAUCCUCGUAUUCCCCAAGCUCCACCCCAUCACAAAACUUGACGGCAGAGUGCUUUUCGACGUCUGGCGUCAGUGCAUCUUAUGCCACCUUACUCUGUGGAAGGAAGGUGUCUAUCAUCGAGAUGUCAGCCCAGGAAACCUGAUGUGGUACUGGAAAGACGGCAAGCGGAUAGGUGUCCUAAACGACUACGAUUUAUCCUCGUUGGCGAAUGUCCAGGGUCCUCAGGGCAACGAGCGUACAGGCACGGUGCCGUUCAUGGCGCGCGAGCUUCUCACCGAAGAAGGCCAACGAGGCAAAGUGAAACACCUAUAUCGCCAUGAUCUGGAGUCCUUUAUGUGGGUUUUCGCUUGGGUUUGCCUGCGUUACAGGCAGGGAGUCCUUCUACCACGGAGAUUGCGCCCCCUCGACGAGUGGGCGACUUUGGGCGCCAUUGCAUGCGGUGAGAAGAAGCUAGUCUUUCUCAACGAUUUGUCGCCUUUCGCACCCUCGGACGUAGACAAACUCACAUGGAGUGUCAUUGUGAGCUGUCUGCUGGUGCUUAAAAGGGAUGCCGACGACCGAUACUAUCUUCGCUUCCAAGAACCGUCGGACUCAGGGGCAGACCAGCAGCCCAACGCUGAGGAAUUAGAUCCCGAUGCUUUUCUAUCUAAAUUUACAUGUUCCAAGAGUUGGCUUGCACUCAGCAAACCUUCACAGUGA